GUCAAAACACUUUUGACGAGCCUCCCCAGCGCAGUAAUCGAAAUCAAGUCGCGAAUUCGAAGUCAUGCAGACACACACCCACGCCUCCUUGCUUGCCCUGGCCCUGGUCCUCUGCUGUCUGGGCGCCAUCCAUGCCCAGCCCCAGCGCGGCCUGCCCCCACCGCGAUCCAAUUCGUUCGACGCCAACGCUGUGAUACUGAAGCAGAACUUUGACCUCAAUCCGGAUGGAUCCUAUCAGUACAACUACGAGACGAGCAAUGGCAUUCGAGCUGAUGAGGCGGGUUACCUCAAGAAUCCGGGCACACAGGUGGAGGCUCAGGUGAUGCAGGGCUCGUACUCAUACACCGGACCCGAUGGCGUCGUCUACACCAUCACCUACAUUGCUGAUGAGAACGGAUACCGCGCCGAGGGCGCCCACAUACCAACACCACCUCCCGUCCGUGCCGCCGCUGCGCCUGGCAGAUUCUUCAAAUAAUCAACUCCACCCAUCCAUCGGUCCCAAUCUUCAAGUUCUGAAUCAGAGAUAAAAGAGAUUAUAAUGGGCACAGAGAGAGAGAGAGAGAGAGAGCAGCUGCUCAUCAGAGGUACAUGCAUCCAUUUCCCCACCCUCCUCAUUCCAUUCCAGCUGAGACACAACCACAUCCUCCCCUUCGUGCUUCAUUCGUGCUUCAUUUCUACAGUCUUCCAUUCCUCAAUUCCAAUCUACUCUAAUACUUAGUGCUAUACGAACUGUGUGAGAUACGAUACGUAAUGUUUUUUGUAAGAUAUGUAAACUCGAUUCUUAAUCGCAAGCUCAGCAAUAAAACGAAUAUUGCGCCAA